AUGGAUGGCGAAACUUCAGCUAAAUCUGAUGACAUGAAGGCGAAAGAUGAGGCUAAUUCGGUCAUCCCUUCACAAAACACAAAUAAAAUGCCAUUCAUCAUUGGUGUGGCUGGUGGAACAGCGUCCGGGAAAACAACUGUGUGCAAUGUGAUCAUGUCCCGACUCCAUGAUCAAAGAGUUGUUCUUAUUAAUCAAGAUUCAUUUUAUCGGUCUUUGAGUGAUCAACAAUCUGCAAAUGCCCAAGAGUAUAACUUUGAUCACCCUGAUUCUUUCGACACAGAGCUUCUCCUCACGUGUAUGGAAACAUUGAGAAAGGGGCAACCAAUUAACAUUCCAGAUUAUGAUUAUAAGAUUCACAAGAAUAGGGGUGCAGGUCGCAUGGUAAACCCGUCAGAUGUCAUCAUCCUUGAAGGAAUUCUAGUCCUUCAUGAUGAGAGAGUUCGAGAUUUGAUGAACAUGAAGAUCUUUGUUGAUUCAGAUUCUGAUGUGCGGUUGGGAAGGCGGAUAAAACGUGAUACUGUUGAAAGAGGCAGAAAUAUUCAGUAUGUGCUUGACCAAUAUGACAAGCAUGUAAAGCCUAGUUUUGAGGAAUUCAUUCUUCCGACAAAGAAACACGCUGAUAUUAUAAUUCCUAGAGGAGCAGAUAAUGAUGUAGCCAUAGAUUUGAUAGUGCAACAUAUUUGCACAAAGCUUGGCCAACAUGAUCUUUGUAAAAUUUAUCAAAACCUUUUUGUUAUACCAUCCACAUUCGGCCAGAUACGUGGAAUGCAUACACUUAUACGUGAUGCUAAAACAAGAAAGCAUGAUUUCGUCUUUUAUGCAGACCGUCUUAUUCGCUUGGUUGUGGAGCAUGGUCUUGGUCAUCUUCCUUUCACCGAAAAGCAGAUCAUUACUCCCACAGAAUCCAUCUACACAGGAGUGGUAUUCUGUAAGAGGUUGUGUGCGGUUUCUGUCAUUAGAAGUGGGGAAAGCAUGGAGAACGCACUCAGAGCAUGUUGCAAGGGAAUCAAGAUUGGUAAAGUCCUUAUUCAGCGUGAAGGCAAUGGGCGGCAGUUGAUCUACGAAAAGCUACCUAGAGAUAUUGCAAGUCGCCAAGUUUUAUUGCUUGAUCCAGUGCUUGCUUCAGGUGACUCUGCAGUGGAGGCAAUAUCGCUAUUGCUCAGCAAGGGUGUAUCUGAAUCUAGCAUCAUAUUCCUUAACCUUAUAGCGGCACCAGAAGGAAUACAUGCAGUCUGUAAGCAGUUUCCAAGACUAAAAAUCGUGACAUCUGAGAUCGAUACAGGACUAAACGAGCAUUCAAGAGUGAUUCCAGGCAUGGGUGAGUUUGGAGAUCGUUACUUUGGAACUGGUGGCAAUGCUUUUGCGUCUUUCAUACCAAAGAAUAAAGCUUAGCAACCAUCAACUUGUUUCAUAUUUUUGGAUUUUCUUUUUUAUUUUCAAAGGUACAAUUAC